CUCUGGUUUCCUCUUCAGCAGUGUAUGAUAGGUGGCAGUAUGGAACUAGUUUUCCAUCCGAAAACCCGCAGAAGCAGAAACUGGAGCUCCACGAGCUUUCAGCUAGUAAAUCUGAAGGAUUGAACAGUUCCAGUCUUCGCUGUGGAUCAGCGGAGUCCGUUCUGAGAAAGAAAUGAUCAUCAGUUAGAUGAAUUGAAUGCUGUUCUGUCCCAGGUCUCCUGCUCCUAGUUUUGACAUUCCAACCUGUUUCAAAUUUAGCUACGGAAAUUCUCAAUCAGACACUCAACAAUCAACCAGAACCUUUCACAAAGAGGUUAAACUACUAGAAGAGGGGAAGAACAUGGAAUCCACAAAAACCUCCAGUACUCAGCAAACAUCCUCGCCUACCCCUCCCAAACAAAUGCAGAAAAAUACAGGCAUGAAGAAAACUCACCACUGCUCAGACUGUGGGAAGAGUUUUAAUAAACAGAGUCACCUCAAAGCACACCAGCGCAUUCACACUGGAGAAAAACCGUUUCACUGCUCAGACUGUGGGAAAAGUUUUAAUCAACACAGUUCUCUCAAAAAACACCAGCGCAUUCACACUGGAGAGAAACCGUUUCACUGCUCAGACUGUGGAAAGAGUUUUAGUGAUCAGAGUAACCUCAAAAUACACCAGCGCAUUCACACUGGAGAGAAACCGUAUCACUGCUCAGACUGCGGAAAUAGUUUUAGUCAACAGAGUGCUCUCCAACAACACCAGCGCAUUCACACUGGAGAGAAACCGUAUUACUGCUCAGACUGUGGGAAGAGUUUUGGUUAUCGGAAUACUUUCCAACAACAUCAGCGCAUUCACACUAGAGAGAAACCCUAUCACUGCUCAGACUGUGGGAAGAGUUUCAAUAAACAGAGUAAUUUCAAAAUACACCAGCACAUUCACACUGGAGAGAAACCGUUUCACUGCUCAGACUGUGGGAGGAGUUUUAAUCAACAGGGUAAUCUCAACAAACACCAGCGCAUUCACACUGGAAAUAAACCGUUUUAUUGCUCUGAAUGUGAGAAGUGCUUCCGGUAUUCACGUACUUGGAAGAAUCACAAAUGCUGUAAAAUUAGUUAUAGAACUGGGGUGGGUUUCCCGAAAGCUUCGUAAGGCUAAGAACUUCGUUAACUCGUACUUAAGAUUGAUCGUUAAUUAAAGAGUGUUUCCCAAACCCGUGAGUAACCUGACCCAGUCGUUAUUCUUAACGUUAUACUUACAGGGAAUUUUGCUUGCAGUUCACCACCUUAAACACCAGGGACCGCCAAUUUUUAGGGAGAAAAAUAUUAUUUCUG